AUGGAAUACCUCUGCAAUCAGCAAAAAGGUACACUGGUUCCUGCUCAUGAAGAUAUUACCCCUCUGCACCUAGCAGCGAAGCAUGAAUAUCUAGAAUUGGUCGAGAAGAUCUUGGAUUUACUCGACACGCCAUACGACGAUCAGGGGGCCUUGAAUGUCUUGAGCGCCAUUGUCAGCAUGACUCAGCAUGGUGAGAUGCCACUGUCCCAAGCAGCCUCAGGAAGUACCAAGCGACUUAGGGAUAUUGAGAAUGUACUGAGGAACCGAGUGAGCACGAAUAUCGAGCGAUUCCCAACCUUCUUUUGCCCUCAACCUACCACCAACCACAAGCCACUUUCAGAUUUAGCAGAAGUCGUGUUGGAACUGGCGGCCCAUUUCUUGCGCAAAAUCCCAGACAGAACCCUGUCAUUAAAUAUGGACGCUCUUAGCUCGAAGGAUGAGUGGUACUCCUUACACUUGGCUGUUUACCACCAAUGUGCCAUCGUGGUCUGGUGGCUUCUCUCCUAUGGCGGUUAUCUGAACAAGGAAGACAUCAAUAAUGCAAUCGACAUUGUCAAACAACAGAGAAGGGAAGACAGCGAAAAUAAGCCGAUAGAGAUGAUAGGGGAUUUGUUAUCUAGCCCCCCUCCAAUCCUGACACGCCGAGAAGGAAGAGAUGAUCAUCUCCUCCCUGACUUCCAGUUUGAACCGCAGGAUUACAAGUCGCUGGAGGAGAUUAUUUUCGACUUUCAUCUGGACGAGGACAGUUACAUCGGGUUCCAAAUGAAGCGCCGUCCGGUUAAUGAUAUUAUACACAAUGAAGGACCUCGGAAGAUCAUGAGGGUGAACAAAUACCGUAAUUUGAACGUGCUCAAAGAUACUCUUGGCACAGCACAACUUGUUCCAAGAGUGAGAACAGGAAAGAAAGGCAUUGGUCGACCUGGAGAAAAACGUGAGCCUCAGUCGCAAAGCGUACAGCGGGAAGUACUCGAGACCCCGGACCCUGGAAUGAUGAAGAAGCCAGAGCUUUCACUCUUAACAAUGAGGGCUCAGAAAUGA